GGUGGUGGACAAAAAGGCGGUUUCGGAGGCGGACAAAGCGGCGGCUUCGGAGGUGGCGGAGCACAAAAGGGCGGCUUUGGAGGCGGCCAAAGCGGCGGCUUCGGAGGUGGCGGAGCACAAAAGGGCGGCUUCGGUGGCGGCCAAAGCGGCGGUUUUGGAGGACAAAAGGGCGGCCAAGGCGGCGGCUUCGGUGGCGGCGGCCAGCAGCAAUCGAAAGGCGGACGUGGUGGCGGCGGCGGCGGCGGCUACGGCAGUGGCGGCAGCAGUGGAGGGGCGGCUUCGGCGGUGGCCAGCAGCAGGGCGGCGGAUUCGGCGGACAAAGAGGCGGCCACGGCGGCGGUAGCCAAGGCGGUUUCGGAGGAGGCAGUCAAGGCGGCUACGGCAGCCGAGGACCCAGCAGUGGCGGCCAAGGCGGUCGUGGCGGCGGUGCUGGGCGCGGUGGCGGCUUCAGCAGCAGCAGCAAGCGGCGGUUACGGCGGCGGUCAAAGCGGCGGCUUCGGCGGAGGACAAAAGGGCGGCUUCGGCGGUGGCCAGCAGCAGGGCGGCGGAUUCGGCGGACAAAGAGGCGGCCACGGCGGCGGUAGCCAAGGCGGUUUCGGAGGAGGCAGUCAAGGCGGCUACGGCAGCCGAGGACCCAGCAGUGGCGGCCAAGGCGGUCGUGGCGGCGGUGCUGGGCGCGGUGGCGGCUUCAGCAGCAGCAGCAGCGGCAGCGGCCGC